AUGUAAUAGGAGCGCUCAUCUCUUUGUGGCGUGAUAUCCUCUGUUGAACUCGACUUAUAUUCCGAACCCUGCUCCAUGGAUGACGAAUCAGUCACAAGCAAAAGGACAUCUUCCUGUCCUCUAUCUCUCAGCCAGUCUGCUCCGAGUUUCUGCAGAGUGAAUGGACGCGAAACACAGGAUGCUGCAGGAAGAAACACAGAAACUCUUUUAGGUUUGGGGAAAUAUGAUGUUGCUCAGUGGAAAUGAUGGAUGCAACAGACUCCACUGAUCCAUACAGCCGACCAGCACGCAGGACACAAUGGAUAGUCAGCACUCUGGCUUACCAUUACGGACUGGACCGGGGAGUGGAGAACGAAAUUAUAGUUUUGGCCACGGGGCUGGAUCAGUAUCUACAGGAGAUUUUCCAUCAUAUGGACUAUCAGGGUGGAGGCAAAAUCUCUGUCGAAGACUUUAACAUCCUGUGUGAAGUUUUGGGACUGAACAAAGACUCGGAGGAAACAGAAUGCGCCGGCGUUUUAGACAAUUUACCCAGCGAGCUCACCUUCAGACACUUCCACGCCAAACUGUGCGGAUACUUCAGCACUAAGGCGGGGUGUCAGUAUGAGAACGGCCGGCUGCUGGUCGGGAAAGACAGCGAGCACAUAGAGACUCAGAUCCGCCUGAGGAGCCCUCUGAAGCGACGAGAGAAGCUGCUGUCUGUGUGUGUGAGCGACGGCUCCUCGCCCUCUUCCGAGGGACGGCACGCCUCCGGCUGCAGGAUCGGCUCCUGCACCAAGGAGUGCUAUGAGGAGAUAGUGGCGCUGGAGGAAGCAGAGGACCGAAUAACGAAACUGGAAGAUGAGAAUGCAAGUUUGAGGGAGCUGAUCGAGGACAUGCGAGCAGCGCUUCAGAGCAGCGAUGCGCGCUGUUUGGCUCUGCAGGUAGGACUAUGGAAAAGCCACUCCAAACAUAAAACAGAGGAAGGCUGUUUUGUUGCCCACCACAAACAAGCUGCCCAGAAAAGUAUGAGCAACGGCAGCCUGAAAACCAGAACCUACAGCAACCUGAAGAGCCUGCAGAACAUAAUCCAGGAGAUAGAACUGCUGCAGAGCUCCAGAGACCGACAGGUCGAGGAAGCCAUGCUGUGUAAUCAGAGACUGGAGCAGGAACUGUGGAGCUCUAAAGAGACUGUAGCAGCUCUGGAGGACUGCAACCGAGCUCUGAAGAGGGAGCAGGUGGGCAUGAGGAGGAAAGUGGAGGAGGCCAGACAGGCGCUACUCAGCGGACUGAGCAAAGUGAAGGAACUGGAAGCCAAGGCCAGUCAUGUGCCAGCACUGCAGAGACACAUCCUCCAGCUGGAAUCAGAGCUCCUCUACUACAGGUCAGAGGUGUCAAAAAUACAACUCCCAAGCAGCACCAGGGCCGAGCAACAGCUGAGUGUGGGCAGCAGGCCGGGCCAGAGAUGCUGCUUGGAUUCUCAACAUGACCGCUGUUCCCCGACAGGGCGUGCUGUGACGACCCCAGACAAAAUGGAGGAGCAGCUGUUUCGUUCGGUGGAGGGCCAGGCUGCCUCUGAUGAGGAGGAGGACAAGUGGACCGGAGAUCAACAGAGGCAGGUGGACGAGGUGAAGAGGAUCUUGACCAGGCUGUCCUGCUGUGGGGAAAGGUGUGACGACAAGGCAUUCAAGAAGCUGAUGUCCAAUUUUGGGAGUUCGAGGAGCGAGGAGAGCUGCAGCGCUGUGGUGGAGCUCCUGGAGAGGGUGACCAGGCUCCAUAAGCAGCUGGAGCUAAAGGAGAGCCAGGCAGAGAUAGACAUGGACCAGGUGAAGGAUUCUUUGAUCCUGGAGCUGCAGCAGAAGGCCGAGGAGACUGAGCUGCUUCAGAUGGAGCUGCAAAUGUUGGAGACAGAGAGGGUUCGUCUGUCACUGGUGGAGGAGAAACUUGUGGACAUUCUGCAGCUCCUCCAGCAGCUCAGAGACCUGAACGUCUCAAGGAGGUCGCUCGGGAAAAUCUUGCUCAGCACUUUGGAGUCUUGCAGUGACCCACAACAUGGGAAAGCCCACAUUCUAGAGGUGCUCAACGCUCUCUAUCAUGAACUGGCUGCCUGUGAGAUUCUGUCUACUGGUGGACCUCUGGAGCGAACGCAGAGCCAGCAGUCUCUCAUCAUCUCCUGCUAAACAGCACUGCCUCCUGCUGGGCCAGUGCUGUUCCAACAGCCUUUUUAGGGGAGCCAUGGAAACUGUAUCAGUGGUCAAGAAACAGGCUGAUUGACGUGUAUAGUGUAUUAUAUUGUAGCUUAUAUACUCCUCAGACCCUAUCAUCUAUAAGGGGAUAUUAGUCUAAAACAUUAUUUUUUAUAGUGAAGGGCUUUAUUUCAUAUAAAGUAAAUUCUUGCUUAAACAUUUUUUUCAAGAGCUUUUAUUGCACAUAACUUGUUCAUGAUCCAUAAAGAUUUUUUAUUUUUUAUUUUUCCACAGCAGAGUUCUGAAUGUGAAAAUGUUCAAAUAAGCUAAAUUUAAAAGGGGCAUGAAGUUGUCUGUGAAAUAUAUUGACCUCCACUUAAACAUGCCCGAUAGAACGUAAAGGAAGCUGCAUCUUGUUGUAUGUGCUUCACUCACCUGCAUCCCAAGAUAAAAUGUAUCACUACAGGUUUACAAGGCUUCAUCAUCACAAACACAUCUGCAAAGCAAACAGAGAAAUGCAGCCUUUUUUUUUCUUUUUACCACAUCUCGAGAACACAGUUGGUGUACUUCCCAUCAGGGAUGCCUCAGUGUUGUCUAAUGGUGCAUUGAGGUGGUUUAUUCUUUAACAUGUGUAAAGCUGAGACGUAUUACUGCACCAUCAGUGUGUGCACACAGUAAACCCAGCGAUGCCACAAAAAAACAGCCAAGAUUUGCUAAUACAAACAAAGUCUUGUCAAGCGUAACACAGCCUCUGGGCCACACAAGUGCAACAAUUCUAUUACAUUAUUAAAUGCAGUCUGUAAGCUAAUCUGUGUUUACUGCCUCAUACUUGUUUCUCAGUAUAAUAAAGUAGAUUUACCUUGAAUUAAAUGCACUUUCUUAAACAAGAAACUUUUUCAUAUGAGUUGGAUCAGUUGCAUUGUCAUAGCUGUCUUGAACUGGGGGCCUCGUAU